UUUCAGCUCGUGGGGCCAGACGCCUUCCCAAGAUGGACAGAAAUUUAGCAAGUCAAUAUCGAUUUGGAUGGAGAGAUCAACACACAACUGCAGUAGUAGGAAAGGUCCUGUACUGCUGGGGAGGGGAUCAGGAAGGAUUAGAUGUGUCGCACGAUUCUCCUACAAAGAGAGAGUGUACUUCUGUUAUUGAUUCGUUUAACUUAUUAUCUGGUGUUUGGUCCUCUCAACCUACUAGUGGUACUCCUCCAUUGGGAAUCAGAGGAGUCUCCUGUACCACCAUUAAUAAUAAUAUUUAUUAUUUUGGUGGUUGGUGUGGCCAUGGCAAAUGCUACCAUAACAGUUUGAACUGUUUAGACACUUUAACUCUUCAAUGGAAAGAAUUACAACCAACUGGUGACAAUUCUGUGACUAAGAGAGGCUAUGGUGGUAUGGUAGCAAUGGCAGGGGGAGGUGAUUCUCAACAGUUACUGGUUAUCGGUGGACUGGCUCCUAAAUUAAGUACUACACAGCGUCACUAUCAGUUUAGAUACAAGAAAAUACCUGGUCUUGAUGAUCGUCUUAGCACUAAUGAACAGAAUAUCUACGACCUGUCCAGCCGACAAUGGAUUUUUCCAUCUGUGAGUGGACAGUGUUUUCCACCAACAUGUGCCUUUAUAGUUGAAAGGAUCAGUCAUAAUAAAGGAAUUAUGUAUGGAGGAAUAGUGACUGAUGGUGAUAGAGCUAUUUCUACUAACAGUAUCUACUUGUUUCAAUUAUCACAUAAUAAAAUAAAGUGGGAGUGUCUUAAACAAGGAUCAGUACCUAAUGAUGGACUGUGGCUCGAAGAAAGAGAGCAUCAUGCCAGUACUAUUAUCAAUGGUGCCUCUACCUCACCUACACUAGUAGUGAUUGGUGGAAUGGAUAAAAACAAUGAACCAGUGAAUGAUUGUUUGUUAUUAGACACAAACCAGUAUAAUUGGAUGAAGAUUCCUCUACCUGAUUCUGUUACUGGUAGACACCAUCACACUGUAUCAUCUUUUGUUGUUGAUCCUAAUCAUGUGUUCCUGAUAAUAGUGGGAGGGAAUGUAGAGGGUGAAGAGAAAGAUUUUGGAGGAGGAGUAAUGAAAUGGGUUAAUGAACCUGUCACUGAUCCUAAUAUCACAAUGGUAGUGGAACUAGUUUUUAAUGAUGGUCAAUGGUCAGUGGGUCCAGUAUUAGAUUCAUAUAAUAUUCCUUUAUGGUACGAACUAAUACUAAAAGAAAGAAGAAAGGAAUUGAAUGAAUACAUGUAUAUGACAGAUAAAGUGAAGGAGUUUCAAGUUACAUGUAUCAAUGAGUCUUUACGUCAUAACAAACAAUCACUUAAGGAAGCACUAUUCUCUGCUGUUACUGCUCUUAUGGAAAAAGAGGAAAUGAUACAAAGACUUGAAUCACAACUGCAGGAAACUGAGAAGCAGUUAGUGCAGUUCGCUAAAGUUCCAGUGUAUGGAGCAAAAGUCAUUAAACUGGAGGAUCAGGAUAUUAAAGAGAAAGGGAUUCUUUUAGAUCAAGUCACUCUAAUAGAAGAGAGGAUGGAUGUCACUCUAGAUGAACAUGAUCAAUUUAGCAUCAAAGGAACUAAUUCUGUUGGAGUACAAUUUAACUACAUGAUCCCCUCAAUGGAUAAUUUGAAAUGUCUGAGUGAUGUCCAAGUAGCAGAGAAGAACUUGUUCUUAAUUCAAGGAGACAAACCUCAACUGAUGAAUUGGGAGAAAUAUGGUCUAAGGAUUGGAGUACAAGAAGGAAGCCUAUUGUUCUCUGAGACAGUAGAAGUAGCAGUGGUUGUUCUUGUAGGAGGACAGUUCCAGUUUCCUCCUAAUACUGUCCUAGUGAGUGCUGUGUAUGCAGUAUCACUCUCAAAGCCUCUACUGAAGCCACUACAACUAGAGAUACAGCACUGCAUUGAUUUAAGAGGACGACCAGAUCUUGCACAAUACUUAAAGUUUGCUAUAGCUCCCGUGAGCACACCCAGUCUUCCUUACCAAUUCUCAACAGUUGAGGGAGGGGAGUUUAGCUCUAAUAGUUGGUAUGGAUCAAUUAAGUGUGAAAAAUUCUCUCUUGUAUCUAUUUGUGGUUGUGAUGAAGGAGGAGGAGGAGGUAGUAGUACCAGUUCUUCAUCAGAAGUUUCAUCUAAUUUAGCUGAUCCUUUAUCAGAACCUGGGCCCAGUAUGAGAACAAGGAGCUCUUUAUCAUCUAGCUCUGGGGGUAGCAGUGCAUCAUAUCAAGAUCCAGUGUCCCAACAGCAAGAAUCAGCUAGUACUGGAAAGAAAGGUGUAGAGGAUCUAGUGACUUUUACUGCAGCUAAGAAAUUGGAUGCACUUCUUGAGUUUAUUAAAAAAGAACAUUCUCUAGCUGAAAAAGGACCUCAUAAAUACUUUCGUAUUACGUCUCCUGAUGGUUUUAUUGAAUUAAAGUUUGAUGCUCCACAAAAGAAGUCUAAUAAAGGAUGGAGUAUUGAACCUCACACAGAACCUUGCAAAUUAUAUCAAGAGGACAUUUACAAUUUUGGUAAAGAAGACUAUUCACUUCCUCCAUCUUGUCUCAUAUCGGUCUAUUCAUCACCUGUUGCUGUUCCUACAUUACACUACUCUGUACCAAUAGAGGGUGUGGCUGAUCCUGUUACACUAAAUAUUCACAGAUCACAAAGAGCAGCUUAUCCUAAUGCAGCUGCUCCUAAUGGUAGUGGCAAUGAUGAAACUAUUCCAGUACCAACUAAAAGAGGAAGAGAAGGAGGAGGUUUUGAUAUUAAAACAGCUAAACAAAAGAUCAAACAAGUUAUGAUUGAGAAUCACUCUGAUUUUGCGGAUAUUUUGGAGAGUUCUCUUAAAGAAAUUGCUAACAAACUGUUUGAAGCUAAAAUUAUUACCCGGCAAGUUCAGAGGUCACCAACUUAUGAUGCCAUAGCCUCAAGUUUCCUAGCUAUAAUGAAUCUAUUGGACUCUAAGACUGCUCUAGAGAAACAUUGUGUGAAGUAUCUUGAGGCUCUGUCUAGUGUUGGGGGACCAAUAGAAUUUGUUGCUAAUCUCUUGAGGGAAAAAUGGACAACAGCUCUGGAGGGUACACUUCAGUUUGAACAGUCUGUGAAAAGAGUUAGAACUAAUGAUGAUGCAUGAGAUUGCACUUAAAAUUAGCUAAUAUAUUUUUUGAUUUUAAAACACUAAAUCUAUUUUUGUAAUGUUCCACUCUUCUGGUCUAUAUUAUUUAUUCCUUUCACUCCAACUCUUUCAUUAUUGACAUACUAAAACAAAAGACGAGAUUCCAUAAUUUCAA